GCUUCUCGUUCUAGACUCAUUUCUAUGGAUGAGGUGGAUGAUUCGGUGCUCGGUUUGCCCCUACGAGCAGCGAAAAAGCUGCGCGGCUGCCAUCAGAUGCAUGCCGAAACCCUAUCCCGUGAAGACGUAUUUGCUGUUGCCUCAGCUCUCCGAGCUACAGAGCCUGGAGCCGCAGACCUUUACCUG